AUGUCGACCGCUACGGAAGAUCGCCGAGAGUCCGAUGCCCCUAGACCUCCCCUCCAACCUCCUCAACACUCGAACCCGUUCAUAUCCACCCUCUCCUACUUCACCGAGCCCGUGUCAUAUACCUUAAGAGGCCUUGCGAGAAGGCUGUCAGAGGACGAAGCUCCCACUCCUCUGGCACGAGCACUGAGCGCCAACUUCAACGGCUCAAUGACGGACCCCACCAUGGGUGUCUUCCACCCGCCGUCUGCCCCCCAACGGAGGAAAUCGCCUUUCCAGCCGCCCCCUCUGACGCCUCUCACACUACAUGGGUACAAGAGCAGUACAGCGAGCAAGGCGAGGCUACUGCGGAAAGCGAUAGCUGAGGAGAUCAGGCUUUUAGUGCCUGCUCGGCUCCAGCUCAUGGAGACUUGGAAGUUGAUCUACUCUCUCGAGCAGAACGGCAGCGCGCUCUCAACGCUCUACAGCCUGUGUGAUCAAUUUAGAGGCAAACGAGGUGGUUUUGUGGUGGUGGUACGGGACUCAACAGGCGGCACGUUUGGAGCCUAUCUUUCUGAACCGCCCAAGCCGCAACCUCACUACUUCGGCAAUGGCGAAUGCUUCCUCUGGCGAGCAAUGGUGCUGCCGGCAAUUCCAGAUCUCCUUGACCUCCCGCCUCCUCCCAGCGCAGACACAACUCAUGCCCAGCGAAUGACAACUAUAGGCAUGAAUCGAUCGAACAACGGCUCGUCGGCAUCCCUUGCUUCGCUCAAUGUGCCCAACGGCUCUGCAACGAAUGGCCACAAGCCCGGAGCGUCAACGCCUGACAGAAUUCGAUUCAAGGCCUUCCCUUACACUGGCGAGAACGAUUACCAAGUCUUCUGCCAGCAAGACUAUCUCAGCGUCGGUGGGGGCGAUGGACACUAUGGGUUGUGGCUGGACCAGAGCCUAAGUAACGGCGUCAGCGACACUUGUCCUACCUUCGGAAACGAGGCCUUGAGCGAUGAGGGAUCGAAGUUUGAAGUGAUGGGAGUGGAGAUUUGGUACGUGGGAUCAUAA